AGCCGAUGCAUAAGAGGACAUAGUAGCUAGCACAUCGCCCUUGGGCACAACGAUUUACGUAACAGAACCAUGGCCUCCCAAAGCAUCGCUCGAUCUCUACUCAAAAACUACCUUAGGUCUGGCGUUCGCCAGUGCAGACUCAUCACUACCGUGAGCCGGGGUCGCACCUCGCCUUCCGGAGUUCACGUCGCGCCGGCGGCAGGCGGUAGGGCCCUACGCCGCAUGUCCUGUCGGGCCGUUGAGGGCGGCAGCGGCGGUGGCGGCGGCAGCGGCGUGGGGGGCAAGACUGUGGGGUCGGGCGGCAGUGGCGAGCCGGGGCGGGGCGGCUCCUCCUCGGGCGGGCUGUGGGCCUGGUACCUUAGCUGCCUGGAGGCCAGCCCGCUGCUGACCAAGGCGCUCACCUGUGCGCUGCUGAACGCGCUGGGGGACGUGUUCUGCCAGCUGUUCAUUGAGGGGGGGCAGUGGAAUGCGAAGCGCACCGCAACCUUCACUUUCAUGGGUGCAGCGCUGGUGGGCCCUGCGCUGCACUACUGGUACGGGCUGCUGAACAAGCUGGUGGUGGCGCGGGGGGCGGCAGGCGCCACCAUGCAGCUGCUGCUGGACCAGGGCGUGUUCGCACCCGUCUUCCUGGCCACCUUCAUCUCCAUGCUCUUCACUAUUGAGGGCAAGCCCGGCCUGAUCCGCCCCAAGCUGGAGCAGGACCUGCUGGAGACGGUGAAGGCCAACUGGAUCCUGUGGAUCCCCGCGCAGUUCAUCAACUUCAGAUUCGUGCCGCCGCACCUGCAGGUCCUGACGGCCAACGUUGUGGCCCUCGCGUGGAACACCUACAUGUCCUAUCAGAGCCACAAGGAGGUGGCUGUCCCGGCCGCCGCAAGCAAGUGACCCACGGGUCACUAGAGAGCAGGGCACCCUACGCACACCAGCAGACACCCCC